AUUUAAAACCGAACAAAAGCAAAACCAAAAGCCACAAGUAAUCCCAAACCUACAAGAAAUAAAAAUAAACACGGACCUCCGUUAGAAAGAGAGUAAGAAGGAAAUGGCGACGGCAACGAUGAUCUUUGCGGCUGCGAUGACGGCGAUGAUUUUGGUUUCAUUGCAGCAGGUGGAAGCGCAACCGGCUACGACGUGCGUAAACAAGCUAGUCCCGUGCUUCAGUGCUCUGACAACGACCACGAAGCCACCAAAGGAUUGUUGUGACUCGAUAAAGGAAGCGGUGGAGGAUGAGCUUCCAUGCCUCUGCACCGUCUACAACACUCCUGGUUUGCUCUCUCAGUUCAACGUCAGUACUGCACAAGCUCUAAAUCUCAGCCGUCGAUGUGACGUCACCACUGAUCUCUCCGCUUGUUCCGUUAGCUUGUACUGGAGCUUCAUCGCCAAAAGCUUCUUUACCUCCUCCAGCAGGAAAUAGAGGAAACGGCACCGGAGUUGGAAACAAGCUCGCCGGUUAUGGAGUCACCACCAUGAUCUUGUCUUUGGUUUCAACCAUCUUCUUCUGAAAAUACUUAACCGGAAUUACCAGGUUCACCGGUUUAUUAUUAGCUCUUAAUUCUCGAGAUUGCUUGUUGUGGUAAACUUAUAUUAAGGAUGAAAUAAAGUUUUGUUAUUGUUCACGUGUCAUUUGUGUCCAUGUUCUAACAUUAUAUAACUAUUGGAUUUAAUUCUUCUGAUGGGAUUGGAAGAUGUUUGUUUAUUCAGUGUGA